AUGCAUCGCGGUAACUUUCAACAACUUUUACUUCGUCAUAUACGUCAUGAAAUAGGCGAGACAUCUAUUCGUCUUAGCCAGAAGUUAGUGGCGUUUCGAUCAGUUUCGGACCAUGUGGAAGUCGAUUUUGUCAAUCCAUCUACGGGUGAUCAAAAUACCGAACUGGCCAAAGUACUCGUGGGUGCUGACGGAAUUAAUUCGACUGUACGUAAGAUUUUAUAUCCUGACGAAGGACGUCCUCUUUGGAGUGGUGUCACCAUAUGGCGUGGUGUGACACAAACGGACAAACUCCUCCUGGACGGACGAUCAUUGAUUGUAAUGGGAGAUCCAAAUGAUGUGCAACUGGUCAUGGGUCAUGUUAGCAAGAAUGUCAUUAAUUGGACUUGUCUGGUUCGAGUUGAAGAUCCAAAUAUGCAAAUUUCACCAGCGGCACCUGAUUGGAAUAAUCUUGGUCACAUUGAAGAUCUUCUUCCGUUAAUGUCGAACAUGAAACUUAACUUUGUUGACAUUCAUCAUAUCAUCCAGUCGUCAAUGAUUAUCAACAAAUUUCCGAUGACUGAUCGUAAUACUUUACCUCGAUGGACACAUGAUCGUGUGACUUUACUUGGUGAUGCUGCUCAUCCAAUGUAUCCGUAUGGAGGUAACGGAGCCUCUCAAGCCAUUCUCGAUGCUCGUGGGCUCAUUCUUUCCUUUCGUCAGCACGGUGUUACUCUCCAAGGUCUUCAAGCAUACGAUGAUCUUCGCCGUCCAGCUUCAAAUAUUGUGGUUCUAGCUUCUCGACAAUAUAGUUGUGACGAGAUUCUGAAAGUCGUCCACGAACGUGCUCCAGACGGCUUUGAACAUUUGUCUGACGUUAUAUCAUCAGCAGAACUUGAAGCCAUAAUGUCUAACUCUAAACGAGUGGCAGGUUUGCAUGCGGAACAACUUAACCAAGAGCCUCCUCUCUUUUAA